AUGGAAUCGUUUUGGCCGUGGCACUUUGUGUCAGUCUCCGAGGAGGAGCAGCUCCGUCGUCGGUAUCUACUUGACCUACGAGGUAGCUUCGCGCAAUGGUCCAUCAUGCUCGGCAUUUUGAUCAUCCGAGUUACCUAUCAAGGCUUGAAUUCGGCAUCACAGAUUGGCUAUAGAACACAACCACAUCGAGGUCCUGUCUCAUGGUGGGACCGGCCUCUCGUCGCCGGAUGGCUUGAAACCCGCAGACAAUAUGCAGUGUGCGGGCUUUGGCUAACGUGGCUAUUCGGCCUUUGCGUGUGGAGCAGUGAUGAGGACUAUCUCCACUUGACCAAAGCCUUGGGUCAUGUUGGUCUCUCCCAAAUACCCCUGCAGGUUUUGAUGUCACCCGCAGCAUACAUAUCAACAUCCAGACCCUCGGCGGCUUCAAUCUUCUCGUUUUUGACAUCAAUUCCUCAAGGCACUAUCACCCCGUACCACCGCCUUUUCGGUCGUGUGGUUAUUUCUCCUCUACUUCUCGGACAUGCCACCCUUUACCUGCUGUUCUUCGUGCAAUCCAGUCACCCGGAAUAUGGUAUCCUUCUAGCGAAGCGUGUUCGUGAUUUUGAUGUUCAGUGUGGCCUUUCCGCUCUCUUUGCAGCAGCCGCCUUACUCUUUUUUGUUCGACCUCGUGGUGGUACCAUGCAGAAGGGGUUGGCCCGCGGUUCGGCAACCGCAGGAUCCAUGCAGGAACGCCGACGAGCUUUCUACAUUGGCCAUGUAUCAUUGGUUGGAAUCCUGUGUAUUGCCGCUUACUUCCAUGUUGCCCAGGCACAGAAGUAUAUGCUCCAAUCAUUUGGUGCCUUUGUAAUGAACGGGGUGGGCUCAUGGGUCAUGGUGCACUGGGGUAGGUGA